AAACAAGAAACCCUAAAGCUAUUCCCUUCUGUUAUUUGCCUCGAUCAGCAUCUGAAGCAUACGGCCUCUUUCACUCUAGAGGUUUAACUCUUUACUCCAUUGAAACACUUUCUUAAGAUAUAUUCUCAAGAAUUUAGAGUGUGAAGGGAUCGAUCUUGUGAAGCAAUGGCUCUGGUUCUGCAUUCCUCUGAGAACAAAAAUGCAUUCAAGGCACUUAUAGCAGCAGCGUACACUGGUGUAAGAAUUGAAUUGUCGAAGGGUUUUCAGAUGGGCGUGACGAAUAAAACCCCAGAAUUCAUCAAGAUGAAUCCGAUUGGGAAGAUUCCUGUGCUUGAAACGCCCGAUGGCUGUGUUUUCGAGAGCAAUGCAAUUGCACGCUAUGUGGCUCGAUCAAAUCCUGAUAGCACCUUAUAUGGGUCUUCGUUGAUUGAUUUCGGUCACAUUGAGCAGUGGAUCGAUUUUUCUGCUACUGAGAUUGAUGUUAACAUAGCAUCCUGGUUGUACCCAAGGCUUGGAUUUCGUCAAUAUAUUGCCCCGGCUGAGGAGGUUGCAAUUGCUAAUCUAAAGAGGGCUUUUGGAGCUUUGAACACUCACCUUGCUUCAAACACUUAUUUGGUUGGGCAUAGUGUCACGCUUGCAGACAUUGUUAUGGUCUGCAAUAUUGCUUAUGGAUUUAAAGCGGGCCUGACCAAAAGCUUCACCUCUGAGUUCCCUCAUGUGGAGAGAUAUGUGUGGACGUUGGUCAACCAGCCCAACUUCAAGAAAGUAUGGGGUGAUGUCAAGCAGGCUGAGUCUGUCCCGCCUGUUGCAUCCAAGAAGCCGGCCCAACCCAAGGAGGCUGCAAAGCCCAAAGCGAAAGAGGAGCCAAAGAAGGAGUCUAAGCCCAAGGAGGCGGCAGCAGAGGAAGAGGAGGCGCCCAAGCCAAAGGCUAAGAACCCGUUGGAUCUGUUGCCUCCGAGCAAGAUGAUUCUUGAUGAGUGGAAGAGGCUUUACUCUAACACCAAAACCAACUUCCGUGAGGUUGCAAUCAAAGGAUUCUGGGACAUGUAUGAUCCUGAAGGAUACUCUCUUUGGUUCUGUGACUACAAAUACAAUGAAGAAAACACGGUCUCGUUUGUCACCCUAAACAAAGUGAGUGGUUUUCUGCAGAGGAUGGAUCUUGCACGAAAGUACGCUUUUGGAAAGAUGCUCAUCAUUGGCUCUGAGGCUCCGUACAAGGUCAAGGGGCUUUGGCUCUUCCGAGGGACCGAAAUUCCCCAGUUUGUGCUGGACGAGUGCUAUGACAUGGAGCUCUAUGAUUGGGCCAAGGUGGACAUUAAUGACGAGGCCCAAAAGGAGCGGGUUAGCCAGAUGAUUGAGGAUGCUGAGCCCUUUGAAGGUGAGGCCUUGUUGGAUGCCAAGUGCUUCAAGUAAAAGGAUGGAUUUUGUGGGUGUUUAUUUUUUGGUAGCCUAUUGGAAGAAUUGUGUUUAGGCUGAUGAGUUAUAAGUGUUAUACUCUCUGUUAUAUCUGCUUUUGCUGGACUUGGUUUUUGUAAGGCUUUUUUAACCUAAGUUUUUGAACCUUCAAUUGCUGGAGUUGGUUUUUGUUAAUUAGCCCAUGGUUCAUUGUUGGAUUUGAUGUUCAUUGUUACUACUUUUGAGUCUUUGACAGUCAAUGGCCACCAACAAGAGAACUUUAUCAAUUAUUUUUAUGCACUAGAACGAUCUGUUUUUGACUUUUUGUUUAAGUGGGGCAAUUUUUGAAUUAUUACAACUUCUGUAUUAAAUGAUUAAAUGACUAAG